AUGACAUCCCACUCAGAAUCUGAGCAAAGUCGAGGAGAAAUUUCAAGCUCCAGUGUUCAACUAUGUCAUUGCGGGGCAGUUUCACCUAUUAGAACUGCAACCACAGAUGGAAAUGAAGGCAGAAAAUUUCGUGGCUGUGGAAGAUUUAGUACAGAUGGGAAGAGAUGUUCUUUCUUUCGAUGGGUAGAUGAGAUACCUUAUAGAAGGUGCAAAGGAAUUGUUGCUCAAAUGAAUGAGAAUAUUGCAGAUUGUGAGGAUGAAAUUAGUGAUUGUCGAGCUCGGGAGAUUGAAUUGUUGGCAGAGAUUAAGGACAAUAAAAAAAAAACUAAUCGUUCGGAGAAUGAUUGUAAAAUUGCACAUGAUCAAUUGAUGCUUUUGCUUACCCAACAGAAGCAAAUUAAUUGUUACAAGUUUCCAUCAAUGGUGAGGACCUUUUUUAUCGGUUUCAGUUUAGCGUUCGUCUUGUUUUAG